CCGCUUCCUCUUCCUAUCUGACUUUGUUCCGAGGUGCUCUGUCCUUCGAUCGAAGCUAAGGCCGAAUCCCAGCCGGCGACUAGCACCAUCCAACCCGCCAUGGCAUCCACAUCCGAGCUGGCCUGCAUCUACAGCGCUCUCAUCCUGCACGACGAUGAGGUCACCGUGACCGAAGACAAGCUCAAUGCCCUCAUCAAGACAGCUGGAAUUAAUGUCGAGCCUUUCUGGCCCAGUCUGUUUGCUAAGGCUUUGGCAAACGUUGACAUUAAUAGUCUGAUCUGUAGUGUUGGUGCUGGUGGUGGAGGAGGUGGUGCUGCUCCUGCUGCCGCAGCUACCACUGCUGCUGCUCCUGCUGCGGAAGAGAAAAAGGAAGAGAAGAAACAGGAAGAAUCUGAGGAGUCUGAUGAUGACAUGGGUUUUGGUCUCUUUGAUUAAGUGCCAUGAAGUAUUUGUUACAAAUAAAUAAAUAAAUACAAAUUA